UGGAGCGAUGCAAAGCGGGACUUUGUGGUGAGGAUUAAAAGCACCCUAACUUUCCGAGGACGAAGCACCAACCUCAAGUCGGCCACGUGGAAGGUGCUGCAGUGCCAAGGCCGAGCGAGGGCCUGCGCCGGCCCCUCCCCGUCCUCCUGCCUGCUGCUCACCUGUCGACCUCUGCCCUUGUCUCACACGCUCCUCUGCGCUCGCACCUUCGGCAGCCAGCACAACAUGGACAUGAGGUUCACGCAGUGCGACCACAGAGUGUCGUCAAUUUUAGGGUACACCCCCCGCGAGCUGGUGGGCCGCUCCAUAUACGAGCUUUGUCACACGCUGGACACAAUCUGUUUGACCAAAUAUCACAUCAACUUGUACUCCAAAAGCCAGUCGGUCAGCGGUCACUACAGGAUGCUUGUGAGGGGCGGCGGGUACGUGUGGGUGGAGAGCCACAGUGCCGUGGUACCAGCGGCCCGAGGGUCCAAGUCAAGGAACGGGGCCUCGCAGCCCCUCUUGAUCCUCUCCGUCACCUACGUGCUAAGUGAUGUGGAGGAGCCGUUUCUGCAGCUCUCGCUGGACCAAUGAAUGCGACAUCGAAGCGCGACCUGCAACCGAGGACCUGAUCAAGCCGUUAAAAUGCUCGUUUUUUUUUUUUCAUUGGAGCCCGUCAUCAUGGUUUGUAGUUGUUUCAGUUCAACUUGGAACCGAAAAACAAUUUUGAAAAUUCACCCCGAGGAUCCAUGUUCAUGAUAUUUGGUACGUACGUCAUUUCAGGAUCAUUUCGGACAUUUGUGUAAUUCAACGUCCAAAACCAGUUUUGCUUAGCAACGUGCCAUUUGGUCCACAUAUCUAUCUGGAGUAGACCCACCAAAAAUCUCAAGAAGCCAUAUCUGAAAAGACACAGGAAGUGUGACAUUUUGCCGUUUUUGGAUCAUUGGAGAUAUUUGUAAAAUUCAGCCCCUGAAACCAGGUCUACUUAGCCACAUGUACUGGGGUGCACAUAUCAAUCUCAAGUAGACCCACCAAAAAGUCUAUUUCAGAUUGAAGUUGCCACUUGAGACUCAAUUUGGGCAUUUUCAAGCUCGUACUCAAGCUGUGUUAGCCCAAAAGCCAAGACUGAUUGUGGAUGGUUUUGGUUGCGGUCGGCAGGCAGGCAGUUAUCUGGCCGCAGUGCGCGCGCGAGACUGUCGAAAGUGACCCAUUUGACUUUUUUUUGACCCUCUCCUCGCUUCCUUUGGGGUUUCCUUCUGGGUCACCUGACACGCGGGCUGAUACCGAAGGCGUCAGACGGUGGCCACACACACGCACACACGUUGGGAGUGUGUCAACGUGUGUCGAUGGGGAGAUGUGAGCAGACGCGAGGCCAAGCCGCAACUUCCUGCAUAGUCGCUCAGUAGGAGAGUUCUCGUGGGAACCGUUUCAACUUUUUACCCCUCGGCCCUCCUGCGCACUAGCUCGCAGUUUCGAUUCAACUGACUUUAGCACUAUGACCAGAGAAUGCGUUCUCGGGCCCAGGGUCUAUGGGUGACUAACACGCCUUAUACGUGUUUUGAGAAAACCCAGCCCGGAAUCGAACCCCACAUCUCUGAACUGCCAGAAAAAUAUGCUGACCGCUGAUCCACCGCGCUGCGAUUAUUCAAAGGCAUUCAAAUGAAUCUGACUACAAUGUAAUAUUUUGUCUUGGCCUUUUGUUGCUGCAUCGAGUAGAUGUGACGUGUGACUUGUACUGAGGGCUUCACGCCGAUGCAGUCAUGUCAUGUGAAAGACACUGGCGCCCUCUAGUGUUUGUUUGCUGUCAGUAAAAAGAAAUUGCAAA